UACGAAGCUGUCUGACUUGUUUUGUGCUACCAUACAGCUGUCUAGAAGAAGCUUUUCUCUCUAUAGAUAAAGGGUUGUUUCUUCUUUGAGAUUUUUUAUAUAGAGAGAGCAGUGUGAUUCAUAAAGAUGGUGAAGAACAAUUAUUUGGCUAUGAAGACUGGUGCUUCUUCAACAUCCUCAUCUGUAGAGUUCAUCAAUUCUGAUCUUCAAGAUCUUGGUCAUGCUGCUAAAAACCUUGCAAGUCAUGCCCUCAAGAUCUCUCUAGGCCUCAGUCUUGGCUCUGCUCUCUUUCAAUGGAUCGCUUCCAUUACUGCAAUUUGUUUGUUGGUCUUGGAUCGGACAAAUUGGAAGACCAACAUUCUCACAACGCUUUUAGUUCCUUACAUUUUCAUGAGUCUACCUUCAUUGCUGUUUGGCUUGCUCAGGGGAGAUAUUGGAAAAUGGGUCGCGUUCAUUACUGUCAUAUUGCGCCUCUUCUUCCCUAAACAAUUUCCAGAUUGGCUAGAAAUGCCGGGGGCAUUGAUUCUUCUUGUUGUGGUUGCUCCCGGGUUGAUUGCUGAUACGAUAAGGAACAACUGGAUUGGCAUUGCAAUAUGCCUUGCCAUCGCGUGUUACUUGCUUCAAGAACACGUCCGAGCAUCUGGUGGGUUCAGAGACUCCUUCACCAAGGGCCACGGCCUUUCCAACUCUGUCUGCAUAAUCAUCCUGUUGGUGUUUCCUAUCUGGGCUCUGUUUGACGACUUGCUAUAGUCACUACUCUCUCUCUCUCUCUCUCUCUCUCUGUGUAGGGCUUGUGCCUGUUUUUCUGGUUUGCAUUUCUGAACAAAAAUAUGUUGGUGUGAUUUACUUUUGAAAGUACCCAAUUUGUUGCCAAUGCUUGCACAUUCUAUUUGUGGACAAAAGCACUGUCUAUGGACCUAAAUGUUUAUUGUAAUAAUGUAUUCUAUUUGUUGA